AUGGAGGACACCUCCGACAUGGAUCUGGACUUGUCGUACGAUCGCGACGUCCGUAGCCACGCCAACAACCACGCGACGCCCGCCCAUCCCGACAACAGCCAGACCGACACUGCCCAAGAUGGCUCCCCUAUGAACUGGUCCCCUACCAACCCUACCCAAACUUCCAUCCCCGACCAAGGCCAGCAGCCUUUGGCGUCUAUGCCCACGAUCAAUCGGACCUUGUCCUCCAUUCACAUGAACAACUCGACUGCCCUUCACACUUCCACCAUCAACAACUCCGCCGCUCCCCAUACCUUCAUCUCUUCUCUCAUCAACAACAAUCGGUCUCGUCGGACUUACCACCCCCGCACGAACUUCAGAUACUUCAAUUUCGGUCCGUCGCAUGCAGGAGCUGUCGCAAGACUACCUCCAGCCCAGGAGCCCAAGAGCUAUGACGACUUCAAGGCCUCACAGCCCGCCACACAAUCCUCAGGCAAGAAGAGUUUGCUCAAGGAGAGCUUGAUCAAGAACCAGCUCGCACGCAACACUCCUCGUAAGGAUGUCGCGCCCAUCACACCUUCCAAGCGCCGUGGCGAUGACAACGAUGUCAUUGAGGAUAGCGAGUCUUCGGCUAGAGGCUUCACAGAACCGCUUGAGUCGGAGACACCCUCUUUCGUGCAGAACCAGCGCGAUGGCAUCUUCAUGACUAAAGUCAAAGAUCGCUUCCGGGCCAUCAUCACUUCCAUCGUUUGCGCAGACAAACGCAGGGAACUUGUCUUCGUUCCCACUGGACCCUUAUCCAACAAGCGUCGAGCCAUCUUCAGGCCUAUGCCCGGUGCCUUCCCUCUCGAUGAUCCCUUACCGACUGACCCCGCCGCUUCGAACAAUGCCAAUCCGGCUCAUGCCAAUCCGGCUGACGCUGUAGCCGCCACAGAUCAGACUACCAACGUCCGUUCUGAAUCCAGCAUCUCCUUUGGCAAAGCCUUCAAGCAUGUCGGAAGAUUCUUUACAUCCACAGUCUCAUCCAACAAUGGUGCUACAUCAAACACCCACCUCUCUUCCGAUGACCAGACGGCUCAGUCGUCCAGCAUAACCUCAUCCAACGAUCACAGCGGUGCUGCAUCAUCGAACACCAACACAUCUUCCAAUAGCCAGUCGGCUCAGUCGUCCAGCAUGACUACGUCAGCUCAAGGACACAUCACAGAAGAGUCCGGAUCCAGCUCUCCUUCCGGCUCGAAUGAUAUCAUCCAGACACCUCUUAGCCUCAAGAGAAAGCGUGCAGCAGUCGCUAACGCAGAAGAAGAAGAUCUUCCUAUGCACAAACCCAAGAAGAGCAGGAAGAGCAGCAAUGGCACAAAGAAGUCACCCAUCCAGAUGCAAAUUCCUGGCAAUACCAUUCUCAAGAUGGAUAAGCGCGCAGCUAAGGAAGCCGCCGAAGCCGCAGAUAAGGAAAAGGACGACCUGCCCAUGCAUAAGCCCAAGAAGGCCAACGGCUCCAAGAAGGCGCCCAUCAAAUUCAAGCUGACCGGCAAGUCCAUGAAGGGAUUCGAUUCGUCCGAGCGCUCUGGCAGAGAUGACGAUCUGCCAGCCUUGAAGUCUCGCUUUGGCAGUGCGCAACCUCAGCGCAGGCACAUCUCUGUCGCUGCAGUCCCGAGGAUUCAGAACCGCAACGAGCGCACAAACAUCGCCCUGGCUCCCUCUUCCAGCACAGUCGCGAGGAUCACCGGUCAGAAUAAUGACUCUUUGACUGCCCCAGCCCGCAGGGCCCAGAAGAUCAUGGAUGCUACCCAGCCUGACCCGGCACAGAACAUCACGCAAGUACAAAUGAACCGCCAAUCCGGAAGGCACACCGGCGGUCAAGCGGACUUCCAGACAUAUCGGGAGUCGGAAGAACGUCCUAGCACUUCCUCCUCCGGCAGCAGCGAGGAAGGACAGCAAUCGCAACGUGAGAAGAAUGAGAGCUCAGGUGACACGGAAGCCAUCGGUGCAGACGUUAGCAAGGCCCCCGCUCAAGUAGCUAAGACCGCAGCCGACCGUCCCAACGAUCAUGGUCACAAGCAACCUGGACCUGUCGCCAACCAGAAGGCCGAGCAGACUUUGCACGAACAGGUCAUGGAUUCCCGCACGCAGACGGCUGAGAAUUACUUUGCUGGCACCGAAUGGAAUAAGCCGAUCGAACUUCCUGAAUCCUCUGAUGAAGGUAGUGCUCACGAUGUCAGAGUGACGCAGUGGCACCUCCGGGACAAGGAAGUCAAGGAGAUGAUCAACGUGCGCAAGCCAACGGCCACCUCAUUGGAGCAGCUCAUGGAGAACACUUCAUUCAAAGAGACCGGGGAUCUGGAGAUAUCCGACAGCCGCAAGGACUCGCGCGAGGAGGAGCUCGAAAAGCAGCGCCGUGCAGAGGCUGAAGCAAAGCGCAAGGCUGACGAAGCAGCUGCUGAGGCAAAGCGCAAGGCUGAGCAGGAGGAAGCUGAGGCCAGACAGAAGCUCGAGCGAGAGAAGAAGGCAUUGGAGCAAGCCAAGUCAGAGAGGAGGCGCCAGCUCCUAAGCCAAGGCCCAACCGACGCUCAAGUAGCCGAGAUAAAGUCUACCUUCGCCAGUCGCGACCCGAUGUCAGAGAUUGCGAGGAACUUCACCGUCCGCGACCUGUCCACGCUAGUCCCCCACACGACCUGGCUCAACGAUUCGCUCAUCAACAAGUACCUGGAGGAGUUGACCAAGAAGGCGUGUGAAAAGGAAGGAUACACGGAAAGCGACAAGAAGGCCGGGAAGGCACCACCAUACCAGUUCGUCCUUUCCAACUGGUGGGUGGCCGUCAUGGACAAGGGGGUCCAAAAGGUCCUCAACUGGAACAGAAGGAGUAGGCUUCACGAGGAGCGUCUGCUCCAAGUGAAGGCCUUAUUCAUCCCCAUCUGCCACGGAGCCCACUGGAGGCUGGUGGUUGUCUCGGGCACCGAGCGGACUAUCAACUACUACGAUAGUCUCGCCGGUUCGCCCGCCCCCUUUGUCGCCAAGGCCCACGAGUGGGUCAAGGCGACCCUGGGUUCGGCAUACAAUGACGCAGAGUGGAGCGUCAUUGUUGGUGGGGGCCAGCGCUCCCCGAGGCAGAGCAACUCCGAUGACUGCGGAGUGUUCACGCUUCAGAACGCGCGGGCAGUGGCGUUGGGCCUGGACAUCCAGCCCAACUUGUACGUCACCUCGACGGAGGGGGUGCUCCGUGUCCGCCAUCAGAUGGCGGCUCAGCUGCUCUCUGGUGGUUUGGACUGGGAGUAG